CAUGGAGGGCCAGAGCAGCAGCAGUGGCAGCAGGAGGCCAGGGCCCCCUGCUGGCUUGGGCUCUCUGCCUGUGCCCCAUGGGGCUUCCCAAACAAGAGCACCUUCUAAGGUGGACCCAAGUUUUCCGCUUCCGGUGAAGGAGAAGGCAGCCCCCGUGCCCUUGGAACCAAGGCUGGCUCUCCCACCCAGGGGACCACAAGCAGCAAUGUCACCUUCCACGGAGGAUUCCCGGCUGACUCCGGCCCCACUCUCUACCCCUGGGGGACAGAAAACAUCUCCUGCCCACCACAGUUCCAGCCUGGCUCCAACAUCUGUGGGCCAGCUGGUGAUAUCCGCCUCAGCUGGCCCAAAGCCUCCGGCAGUGACCUCCGGCUCAGCUCGGACUCCGAGCUCCCUGGGGCAGCUGGUGAUGUCUGCCUCAAUUGGACCCAGGUCUCCCCCAGCCAUCCUGGCGCCCAGUCUGGCUUCGGCUCUCAGGAACCAGGAGCAGGUGCCACCCAUCUCCAAGGGACUUAAGCCAGUACUAGCUGCCUCAGGCUUGAACCUGGCCCAAGCUUCUGAUGGACAGCUCUCACGGCCCCUCUCCAGCCCCUCCCCAGUGCCUAGUCCAAUUCUGUCACCCUCUCAGGAACAAGCGCCGGCUUUGACCUCUGUGACAUCAGCCCCAGCCUCUGGGGAAUGGACAUCUGCUAGACAGAGGGACAGCCCAGCACCCAGACCUUUCCCCUCAGCUGAGGGGUGUCUCCAACCUCCGGCUCAGGCAUCCCUGCCUGUGUGCACCCCAGCCCCAGUCCCAGCCCCUUCUGACCCCCGGCUCUCCCCCUCUUUCCGAGCCCGGCCUGAAGCCCCCCACAACAGCACUGAGGAACCUGUCCUGCCUCGGCCCCCCCAGACCCUGGCCCUGGAUGUGGCCCAUAGCCCUCCGGAGCCUGGUACCCGCUCCCCAGGACUGCUGUCUCCCACCUUCCGACCCGGAGGCUCUUCAGCCCAGACAGUACCCCCACCUCUGCCCAAACCACCUCGCUCUCCCAGCCGCUCCCCAAGCCGCUCCCCUUGUGUGCCCCAUGUCCCUGAAGUGGCCCUCCCCAAGCCUAGCCCCCAAGGUAUAGGGCCUGGCGGGCACCUGAGCCCCAGCUUUCAGCGUCAAGAAAGCUCAGCCCCGGCCACUACAUCCCCUCCUACAGCCACCUCCUCGCCCUCUUCUUGGUCGGCACAGCCUACCUGCAAGAGCGACCCCGGUUUCAGGAUCACUGUGGUCACGUGGAACGUGGGCACUGCCAUGCCCCCCGACGAUGUCACAUCCCUCCUCCACUUGGGCGGCGGCGGUGACAGCAACGGCGCCGAUAUGAUCGCUAUAGGGCUGCAGGAAGUGAAUUCCAUGAUCAACAAGCGGCUCAAGGACGCGCUCUUCACGGAUCAGUGGAGCGAGCUCUUCAUGGACGCUCUGGGGCCCUUCAACUUCGUGCUGGUGACCACUGUGCGAAUGCAGGGCGUGAUCCUGCUGCUGUUCUCCAAAUACUACCACCUGCCCUUCCUGCGGGACGUGCAGACCGACUGCACGCGCACCGGCCUGGGCGGCUACUGGGGCAACAAGGGCGGAGUGAGCGUGCGCCUGGCCGUCUUUGGGCACAUGCUCUGCUUCCUCAACUGUCACCUGCCGGCGCACAUGGACAAGGCGGAGCAGCGCAAGGAUAACUUCCAGACCAUCCUGAACCUCCAGCAGUUCCAGGGGCCCGGCGCGCAAGGCAUUCUAGACCACGACCUGGUGUUCUGGUUUGGAGACUUGAACUUCCGCAUCGAGAGCUAUGACCUACACUUUGUCAAGUUCGCCAUCGACAGCAACCAACUCCACCAGCUUUGGGAGAAAGACCAGCUCAAUAUGGCCAAGAACACCUGGCCCAUCCUGAAGGGCUUCCAGGAGGGCCCCCUCAACUUUGCGCCCACUUUCAAGUUUGAUGUGGGUACCAACAAAUAUGAUACCAGUGCCAAGAAGCGGAAGCCAGCCUGGACAGACCGUAUCCUGUGGAAGGUCAAGGCUCCUGGUGGGGGUCCCAGCCCCUCAGGACGGGAGAGUCACCGACUUCAGGUGUCCCAACACAGCUACCGCAGCCACAUGGAAUACACAGUUAGUGACCACAAGCCUGUGGCUGCCCAGUUUGUACUGCAGUUUGCCUUCAGGGACGACGUGCCCCUGGUGCGGUUGGAGGUGGCAGAUGAGUGGGUGCGACCGGAGCAGGCUGUGGUCAGGUACCGCGUGGAAACGGUGUUCGCCCGAAGCUCCUGGGACUGGAUCGGCUUGUACCGGGUGGGGUUCCACCACUGUAAGGACUACGUGGCUUACGUGUGGGCCAAACACGAGGACAUGGACGGCCAUGUCUACCAGGUAACAUUCAGUGAGGACUCACUGCCCAAGGGCCAUGGAGACUUCAUCCUGGGCUAUUACAGCCACAACCACAGCAUCCUGAUUGGUGUCACUGAGCCCUUCCAGAUCUCACUGCCUACCUCGGAGGUGGCCAGCAGCACCACAGACAGUUCGGGGGCCAGCUCAGAGGACGAAGACGACAGCACCAUGGAGCUGCUUGCCCCCAAGUCCCGCAGCCCCAGCCCUGGAAAGUCCAAGCGGCACCGCAGCCGCAGCCCAGGCCUGUCCCGCUUCCCUAGCCUCGCCCUGCGCCCAUCCUCCCAAGAACGCAGAGGUGCCAGCCGCAGCCCAUCACCUCAGAACCGCCGUCUAUCCCGAGUGGCUCCUGAUAGGGGCAGUAGUGAGGAGGGACCCUCCAGGCUGCCUGGGCCCUGGGUCUUCCCACCAGCUGUGCCUCAAAGCCUGGGCCUGCUACCUGCUUUGCGCCUGGAGACCGUGGACCCUGGAGGCGGUGGCGGUGGAGGCAGCCGCUCUUGGGGCUGUGACCUGGAGGCCUCUGCUCCCAACAGCCUGUCCCCCAGCCCCUAGGGCCGGCAGGGGAUGGAGGAGGGGGGCCUGGGGCCCUGAGGAGGCAAGUGGGGACUUACCUGCCUGCUCUGCCCCAAUUUUCCACAAACCUGCCUGCCUCCCUCCCGCUGCUGCUCCUGCUGAAUCCGCACACAGGGGGUUGUCAACUGGGGUCCCCCAAACUCGGCUCCUUUAUCAUCUCAACAGUGACAGUCAGCAAAGCCCUGCCCUGCCCCCCGCCCCGCCCCCAAUCUGGGAUGGGGGUCAGGGGUGGGAGGCAGGAGACUGUGGUAGACGGCCCUGUUCUGGGUGUUCUCCUUAGGAAUUAAAUUCUCCUGCUUA